GAAUCCCAAGUCCCAAUCCUUAACUGUCAGCAUCUUCUUCUGGCUACUGAUGAAGUGAUGGCGAAUGUGCCAACCAGUCGACUUGGGUCAGCAUCCUCAACUCAGCAGUUAAUCUGGCGUUGUGUGGAUGCUCAAACAGGACAGAUUGUGCCAUCUUCCACUCAGGUUCGAUCGAUGCCGUCUCACGGUUCGGCUCCCGGAGGUCCAGCUGCAUCACGACCGGUCUGUUUACCCUUGCACUUUUGUUCAAUCCCCGUCGGUCCGGGUCCAAACGACGGAGAAGUGACGUCCGGCGAUUCGACAGCACGUGCACUUCUCACAGUUGCCCAACGCACAUCCAGUCGCUCUGCUCAUGACUUCUCCCAUUCAGUCAGCCAACGAGGACCGCCCACCUCGCCUGUCAUAUCUGCUCGCUAUCCUGAUUCGUCCGUCGCACAUCCCGCACGGCAGUCAUCUCGAAUGUCUCAAAUACCGCUGGGUGGUGCUCCGAUAGAGUUAGGUCUAGGCAUUUCGGUUUGGGGUUUGCAGAACACUCAAUCGGAUGUUCCUCCGUUCGGCGUGUCGCCGAAAACCCCGGAUCCUUGCCUUGUCUCAACUCCACCGACCUCUCAUGUGUCCGUCAUGCAAUCUCCGGUACAGUUUCAUGGUGUGCCACCGCCUCCGCCACAUCAACGACCCUAUCCAUCUACAUGUGCAAUUCCUCCACCCAUUAUUCCGUAUCCACAAAGACCGGCACCUGAAGGUCCUACCGAUGAUGCAUCGAGUGGACAUCAGUCAAGAAUGAAUAAUGGUAGUCUAUUAGAUCCACCCGCGUCCACAAAUACUCCGUUCUCCCAAUUACGUGCAGCUCCGGACCGCAAAAGUAGUGAUCCAACCAGUGCAAUUGUAAAUCGACGCCGAGGUGUAGUUUCUCAAUUCCCGGCAGGCUCACACGAUUAUUCUAUAGUAAAUACGGAACCUCCAACCGUUGGCAGAGGUCCUAACCACGGCCGAGUCAUUUCUCAGGUGAUUGACCGGAGACAAACACAGCCUGUUCCCGGUUUUUUUCCCGAUCAGCUGACGCAAAAGCACAUGUCCCCUGGGCCAUGGAAUGGGGUUGUUCGACGCGGUGAAUACUGGCCCAACUAUCCUUUACAAAAUGACUCGAACAUUUCAACGCGCCCGUUGGAUAAGCCGACCAGUAGCCCGUCAAAUGUGGUCGAUAAAUCACAUCUGAUGUUGCCAUUACUAUCGAACAAGGCAACGAAACCUGGCGAUUUGCGUCCGAUUUCACUGUCCUCCACGGACUCAUUCCUGGCGGCCGAACGCGCUUGUGCCGCUUCCGACCUGGGAGAUGAUCUGACAGUCGGACCGAUCAAAACAUCAUCAUCACAGGACGAAACCCAUCCUAGAGCUGUUCCAGCCGAUCAUCUAGAAGACGACCUAAUGGCCAGUCAUCACAAUCCGAUGUACACAGAUAAUGAAUACGAUUCUAUGACUGAAAGUCAGGGCAACUUGGUGGACGCGGGGGCUAGAACACCGUCUAAUCGGGCCGCCCGAUCUUACUCGAAUCCACCCUCGCGCCCAUUACAACGCCGCUCAGGGAUAGACUAUCCCACUCAUAAUGAUCAUAUGACAUCCGUCAAUACGUGUUCUGGUCUGCCUGGUGUCAGCUCUCCCUCGGUAGGGAAGAACAACAUACGCAACGCGGUGAAUGAAGUUUCAAACAAUGCAACAAGUGCAGGGUGA